GGAGUAUUCAUAUCGAAACGGUCACCGUACGUUGGUCGCUGGUUGCUGACUGCAUGCCAGCAACCACCUACCUAAGGUACAUAGUAGGUGUGUACCACCCACGAAGGAUUCUCGUACCAUUCAACUACAAGAAUCUUCGGCCGCCAUGCAGCCACAAUAUGAGGUGUGCGAGUGUUUGAAAAUGUCCCUCCGGAUCCCACGCUUGGAUCCCACGUUUAUCGUUACAUGUAUCAAAUCACAAUCUUGAGUGACUUUAUUCUUCCACUUCCAUGGUUCCAACGUUUUUCUGAUUUUCUUCGUCAGGCUAUUUCGUGCAACUGUGUUUGAGUUGCAAGCUUCCUGACGCUCGACAACCUUGAACACUUCACAGCCGUUUCCCCGGUAUCACCACAUCACCGUCAAUAUGGACGGCCCUUCAGCCAUGACAGAUUAUUAUGCCACUCCGGCAGCAGUCAUCUUCAUCAGUAUCUUCUUUCCCGUUCUCGGCGCCACUUGUGUAGCUCUACGUUUCUACACCAGAGCCAAGGCGAAGAGUGCGUUUUGGUGGGACGAUUGGCUAUGUAUUCCAGCGCUGGCUUUCGAGCUUGCGAUGGCAGGGCUCCUGAUUUGGGGUGUUUCGAAGGAGGCAUUGGGGGGGCAUGUCCCUGUCUCAACUGACCCAAGUCCAGACGCAUAUCUGUUUUUCACCUCGCCCCAACAAAUCAUUCUUCAGCAAAUCCAAUAUUUCAUCGACUUCAUUGGAGUCUUUGCCUUCGGGUCGCUCAAGCUCAGCAUCUUGUUCUUCUACCGCAAGAUCUUCUGCGCCAGCAAGACAAGCAAAGAUGCCUUCAAUAUAAUUACAGCUUCCAUGAUCGCACUAGUUAUCAUCUGGACUUUGAGUUUCGGAAUCGGAGCCAUCUUUCUCUGUGGAGCUCGUCCUGCAUACGCGUGGGCACCCGUGGCUCUCGUCGCGGAGCAUUGUACUGCGCAGCUACAGUUUCUCGAGGCAUAUGCUAUCUCGGAUUUCAUCAUGGAUUGUUUCAUCUGGUCGCUGCCAAUUCCCAAAAUUUUGGGGUUGCACAUGGCUGUCAGCAAGAGAUUGAGCGUCAUCGCCGUCUUUCUUGUUGGUAUACUCACAAUUGGAGCUUCCGGCGCAAGAAUGGCCAUCUACAUCAUCUACGUCGUCAACGCAUUUGCCCAAUCCGACGGCGAAAAAAUCAUCACCUUCCUCCUCUUCUGGACCAUGAUAGAAUGCGGUCUCGGACUUAUGGUAGUAUGUCUACCUGCGCUACGUGCUCCCAUGCGCACUUUCUUCACUGCCAUCUCGCCAGGCUCGCUGAUCAGCGGCAUCAAAUCCGCCUUCACAACGCGCUCGCUGAAGUCUGAGGGGAGUCUGGAAGCAGGUUUCUACCGGCUCGAUGGUGUCAAUCAGUCGCACAAAGCGUUGAACUCUGACUGGAGUCGCUAUGCGCCGACGGAGGGGGCGCUGCAUACUUCUGUCGUUGGACCCACUGACUCUAAUCAUUUGGUGAGCCAGGUGGAGCCGAUGCAUGGAGUAAUUCAUGUUCGGAGCGAGAUGCAGCAGUAUUGAAGGAAGCUCUCGAGGCGUCUCGAAAUGGUUCUGUGCUGCCUAUAUCGAGCCUGCUGUGAUGGUCUCCCAAACACACGCUGUAAGGUAUAGAAUUUCUCGCAAAAUCGUGUCAACGAUGCAAAACACAUCUCGCAAGCACAAAAAAUAUUGCAGAAUCCAGUGAUAGCUACAUAAUAAAGCAAGAGCCAUGUUCAUAUUUUCCAGCCGCUCCUCAACUACUUGAAUACGAAAAGGGGCGCAUCUCCCAUGAAAAGAGCCGUGUGCUCGCGUAGUUUUAGACUUCAAAGGAAACCAGACGAACUGCGCUCGACCGCCGAGCCAGCCACUUCAUCAUUGAUGCCUGGUGGUUGAUGGCAAACUUUAGGUUAUCUGAGAAUACAUUUUCUUGAAUUAGGCGAGACGGG